CCAGACAACAAGCAACUUGAAGUUUUGAUGCGAUAUAUUUGCUAUAAGGUUAUAGGAGGAAAAAAGCCCCACAAACCCAGUAUCAACUUUUUUAUCCAGUGAUUGAACAUAAAAAAAAUACCGUUAUUUUUUUAACUCAUAGUUUGUAUAUAUUCAUCUUCUGUCUGGGAUCAAGGAAAACACACAUCUUGUUGGAUUGAUAUGGAAAGUGCUGGAAUUGCUUUGCUUGGGAGAUGAGAAAGGUGUAUGUGGGGGAUUUGCAGAAGAAACAAUGAGCAGACAAAUAGGAACUUCGAAAGUUGUUUUGGUGUAGCAUGCAAGGAAUCUUGGGAUCAAAGAUGGCAAUGGAAAAAGAUAAGUUAUUGGAUUGGAUCUCCAAGUUGGUGGCUAGAAAGAAGGUCGGUGCUCUGCUUCUCUCUGUUGUCUUCCUCGCCAUGUUCAUCUUUGCUUUGUUGGUUGGAAAAGAAGGUGUGACGGCCAACAACAUGGCUUUAAGUUCUCCUCAAUCUUCACAAACAUUUGGAGAGCAAACUAAAAACACAGCUUCUUCACCAAAUAUCUUAGGAGUUAAUCCAAACAUGGUCUUGCCUCCUCCUCUCAUUGCUGCUGUUUCUUUGGGCUACACUUUGUCACCAGAUCAUCCAGGUAGUAAUUUCACUUUGCCUAUCCCACAGUUUGACAAGAAAAAAUUUAAUAGACUUUGUAACUUGCCAGUAUGUUACCUUCCUGUGGAAAAAGCCAUAGCCAUGAUGCCAAAGGUCCCUUCACAUUCUCCUGUUUUGAAAAAGUUGACCUAUAUUUAUGAGCAAAAUUUAUAUAGGAAAACUGAAUUUGGAGGCUCCGAUUUUGGUGGAUAUCCUACUUUGAAGCAAAGGGUUGAUUCUUAUGACAUAAAAGAGUCAAUAAGUGUGCAUUGUGGAUUUGUCAUAGGAGUUAAACCUGGAACUAAUACAGGAUUUGAUAUAGAAGAUGAUGAUCUCCGAGACAUGGAGCAGUGUGGUGGUGUGGUAGUAGCAUCAGCUAUAUUUGGAAAUUUUGAAGAAAUAAACCAGCCACGCUACAUUAGUGAAUACUCCAUGAAGACUGUUUGCUUCUAUAUGUUUGUAGAUGAAGAGACAGAAGCUUAUAUGAAGGCUUCUGUUGCUCUAGGUGGUAGCAAGAAAAACGGAUUAUGGAGAAUUGUAGUUGUUCAUAACCUUCCUUAUGAGGAUCCAUGGCGCAAUGGCAGGAUUCCUAAGCUUCUUUUGCAUAGGAUUUUUCCCAACGCUCGCUUUUCUUUGUGGAUUGAUGGAAAACUUCAACUUAUUAGGGAUCCAUAUCAAAUUCUUGAAAGGUUUUUGUGGAGGACAAAUGCAACAGUUGCAAUUUCUAUACAUUAUGAACGCUUCGAUGUUUAUGUUGAAGCUGAGGCAAAUAAAGCUGGUAAAAAAUAUAAUAAGGCCUUAAUUAACUUCCAAAUUGAGUUCUACAUAAGGGAGGGUUUGACACCAUAUACUCUGGAAAAGAUUCCCAUAACAAGUGAUGUUCCUGAAGCAUGUGUAAUAAUAAAGGAGCAUAUUCGGAUCAGCAACCUCAUUACUUGUUUAUGGUACAAUGAAGUUGAUCGCUUUACUCCAAGAGACCAACUUAGUUUUUCCAUUGUCAGGAACAAGAUUAGGGAAAAGACUGAGUACACUAUCAAUAUGUUCCUAGACUGUGAAAGACGCAACUUUGUGGUUCAGGUAGAUAUAUUAUGUUACGCAGAAUUUUUUCUCUAUAUUCAAAAUCAUUUUCAAUUGAAAAGAUCUGAAAUUCUUUCAUGUAUAAUAUUAGUAUUAUAUUUAUCAAGAUGUGCAUUUUUCAGAUGAAAUGUAUUGGAAAGGUGAAAAUAA